GUGACCAGCAUUUGUGAAUCCCUUACAUCUGAUUGGCUGCUGAAAGUGUUGUUUUGAUUGACGAGGAUAUUCUUGGAGAAUGUGUAGUGAUCAGUGAAAGUAAGACCCGUGCUAACUCAGGAAGGUGCUACAAAUGUGCAUAGAUAUAUUAUUAGAAUCAAUCAAUCAAGGAACUCCACAAAUUUAUUCAUAUUCAAAAAUGAUAUCAUUAACAGUAAUUCUGCGACACAAAAAAUGACAUGAUUCUGAAUUGGAGAAAUUUAUGCACACAUUAGUUGAUUAAGAUACACAUUUGGUAACAGUUGGCAUAUUGGAGACUUAUUCUGGAUUUGAGAGUUGUAGUUUUCUAUAAUGUCAUUCCAUGGACUUAGCUAUGAUAUUAGUGAUAUACGCCUAAACAUGGGCUCAUCAUUUGGGUACGCAAAAAGUGAUGCUGCUUGUCAGAAUCAGGUAUUUGUAAUACGAGAAAUCGGAAUGUCUUCAGAGGGCGCCACUACCACGGAGGUGAACCAGGGUUACCCUGGCAACGACUUCAUGCACAGCAGCUCUAGCCAUUCAGAGCACCCACAUCCACAAGUGUCAGACCCACCCAGCUCUAAUGAAUCAAUGAGUCCACCUGAGCUUCGUGCCGCAGAUGAUAUCACAAGUCCCGUCAUGGAGAACGGAGACUACCAGAGUCCUAACCCUAGUGCAGUGUACCGAGCAGAGGCCCGUGUGUUUCCUAAUGAGAGAGCAAGCCAGGUCUACAAUGAGAUUGAGCAGAAGCUACGCGCUGAUGGGGUAUCUACUGAUCAUGUAGUAGACAAUAUAGAGGGUUCAGAAAGACAGAGUGAAUCAACAGAGCACGAUCAGAGUGCAGAGAACAUUUCAUAUCAAAAACAUGAUCAAAGCAGUGAAGAAAUUCCAUACAUGAAACACGCUCAGAGUCCAAAUGACAAUGCUUAUCCAAAACAUGACCAGAGCAUUGAUAAUGUUUCAUAUACGAAAAGUGAUGUUCCUUCAAAUUUCUCAGCUGAGCGUGAAGCCGAGAGCCCCGACUUGACAAGCCCUUUGGUGAUGGCUGAUCAAGACCGUGGAGGAAGCCCCGGGAUGAGCUAUUCCAGUGAUACCCCCCAUAAUCACAGCAUGUAUGAUGAAGAUAUGAUGAGCGAGGACAGCUACACUCCCCCAUCUUCUGUGGGUAGCGCCAUGCAGAUGAACCCAAGCCCUGGAUCAAUGUUGUCACCCAGAGGACCCGUUGGUAGUCCAUGGAACCCAGAGGGCCAAUACCCAGGGGUAGUUCCACCAGGAUUCCAGCACAUGGUACCAGACGCAACUGGCAAAGAAAUUUACUACUGCCAUCUAUGUAGCUACUCAGGGAACUCUAAAUUCCACUUCAACUCUCACAUGAACUCCCACUUUGAACAUAGAUGUCCCCACUGUGACUACACAUCUCGCACUGAAGGUCGUUUGAAGCGCCACAUCAAAGAUUUCCACAGUGAUGACCCACCAGAUAGCUUUUCUGGACAGCCACGUCACAUCGUGCGUACUCCUGGACGACCCAAGGUGUUCCGUUGCAAGCAAUGUGAAUUUACAUCUGUAGAUAAGAUUGAGUUUUGGGAGCAUUCACGUAAACACAUCAAGGCAGACAAGGUCCUCCAAUGCCCCAAGUGUCCAUUUGUCACCGAGUACAAACAUCAUCUAGAGUACCAUCUACGUAAUCAUUUUGGAUCUAAGCCGUUCAAGUGUCCAAAAUGCAACUACUCAUGCGUGAACAAGUCCAUGUUGAACUCCCAUCUUAAAUCGCAUAGUAACGUAUACCAAUAUAGAUGCGCUGAUUGUACCUAUGCUACCAAAUACUGCCACAGCCUGAAGUUGCAUCUCCGCAAAUAUAACCACAAGCCAGCCACAGUCCUGACCACCGAUGGCAGUCUACCCAUGGAUGGAUCCGGUGAUUUCAAUCUUGUUGCUAAGCGUGGUCCCCCUAGAGGACCCAGGGGGAUGAAGUCGGGCCAGGAGAGCAAGACGCCACCCCAAAUGCCGAUACCACCUGCAGGGUUAAUGAACAUGCCACAGAUGUCAAAGGUUGUCCCACCUCACAUGAACGCAAGGGUUGGUGGUAUGAUGCCUCCAUUUUGGAACUUGAUGCAUAUGAAUGGGAUGGCCCCUCCUCCCCUGAUCCCCAUGCCUGGUAUGAUGCAUCCAUCCAAUGAGAAGAUGUUCGCAAAGUUGGCCGCCUCGUUACCUCUCAAAUGCACCGUAUGUGAGUUUGUUGGUGAAUCCCGUGAAUCCCUCACUGAGCACAUGCUGAAGGUACAUGCAGCCGGUGAGAAUUCAGAUCUCCUGCGUAUGUUUAAUGUCUCCUCUGAUUCGCUGAUGGAAGAAGCCAAGAAGGCUGCAGAGAUGGCAAUCAAGACUGAACCCAAAGAUGAUGGUCCCACCCCCAUGAAACAAAGCCCUGAGUCUAUGCACCAUCAGGCAUCUCCUCGUGAUGGCAGCUCUGCUCCCCAUCUGUCUCCCCAUGCUAUGUACAGGUCCCCACCAAUGGAGGCAAUGCGCCACCAUCUUCCAAGUGGAAUCACGGGUCUCAACAGUGAACUUGAAAGCCUGGCCAGAAUGACCAUGCAGCUCACAAAGGCAGAACCUAGAGCCCGACUUCCCAUCCCUCAGCUACCUCCCCACAUGAUGCAGCAGCAACGUAGCCCUGCCGCCCCCAUCCAAACCCCUCGUCCUCAGACCAACAGUGAGGCACCACUAGACCUGACAGCCAAGCCCAGAGAUGAUGAACAGCCUUCCCCACGCCAGCCACAUGAUGAUCAACCAUCACCUAGAUACCCACAUGACAUGAGGCACCAGCAGGAGACAUACAGUUCAGGUGAUACAUCUUUUGCUGCACAUAUGCUUGGCUUAGAGGGUUUGAAACGGGCUAGAGUAGAGGAGAAAGGUGGCAUGAGUGAAGGGGGUGCUGGUUUUAAUUCUGCUUCUUCUUCGGGGCUUGCUUCGCCUCCAGCUCGCAAACGCUCCCGCAAGGGAAAGGCUUACAAGCUUGACACGCUCUGCUUACGUCUUCAAGAGCGUGGUACUAACUCUCCCGAGGCUUCAGGUGAUGAAGAGCCCCAGGAUGCUGCUUCUGCUUCAGCUAGUCAUAGUUCUACUAGUCAGACUAACACCACCAUUCACGCAUCUAAUCAGCCCUCUGCCAUUUCAGGUUCAGAGGCAGAGUCUGACUCCAAGCCAGCCAACACCAGCUCUGAUGAGCCUAUUGAUUAUAACGAGAUUCACAACAGUCUCAGUCAAUUGAACAAUGAGUCCCCAGAGGUUGGUGAGAAAUUCAACCUUGCCCCUCGUGCGGCUACCAGUAUUCGCAACCCCCUCUCCAUCAAGAAUGCCCCCAAAGAGCCCAGCGCUGAGGAAAGUGCCGCUGAGGCUGCUGCAACUGAGGUCAAGCAGCACUAUGAUCAUCGCAAAUCUAUGAUCAUGCGCCACAAGGAGACAGAGGCUCCCAUGAAUGGACAUCCCCACUACCCUCACACCCACCCCCAUCUGCCACCACAACAUCUCCAGAGGGAGCCACCAAGCAUGGGUGACGUGAAUCAGAACCUGCAUAUGCUGUUAGCAUCCAGUAAAUUCCCCAAUGGAUUCCACCCAGCCAAGAAUGGUGGUCGUUACGAGUGCUCCUUCUGUCACCUUGCAUUCUUGGACUGUGUCAUGUACACCAUGCAUAUGGGUUACCAUAGCAACAGGGACCCAUUCCGAUGUAACAUGUGUGGGGUUCACACCAAGGACAAAGUAGAAUUCUUCUUACAUAUAGCAAGAGCUGCCCAUGCGUAACUUUGUUCACCUUGCACAAUGUAGACUGGACUAAGUCAAAUCAAAUGACUGAUAUGAUGGGACAUUCAACUGUUAUUUAUAUGAAGGAGCUGCCAAAAGAAUUAAUAUUAUAAACAUUCAUCUUAACUGACACUUAGGUGCUUGAUGGUGUCAAGAUGCUCGAUGGUACAGAUUGCUUGUUAGGCUACAGUGAAUUAAAAAGCAGUGUUUCUAUGCCAGAAAAUAUGUAUAUAUUCUUUAUAAUAGAAGAACAUGUAAAUAUAACGUAGGCUCUCUCCCUUUAAAGCAUAGAUCUUUGCCUUUUCUAACUGGGUCAAAGUGAGUACAGUAA